AUGGAUUCAAACUGCUACCAGUGCUCUAAGCCGAUCAAAACUAUUGAGGUGAUCCAAUGUAAUGGUUUUUGUCAUCAAUCUGCGCAUUUAAAAUGCGUUGGUCUGAAAAGACCUCAAGUCGACUUCGUGAAUGAGCAAAAUAAUAUCUUGUGGUUUUGUGACCACUGUAUUGCUCAAUUGGAGUACAUAAAACAAAAUCCCAUGAAAACGACCCAGGAUGUUGUAGCAGUUGUUUCGGAUGCCGUUCGCGAGUCACUGUGUGAAUUAAAGAUAGAGCUUCAAGAAACCAAAGAGCUAACUAAGACAUUAGUCGACGAACAUCAGUCCAUUGAUUCCGCCGCUUUGGGACGCACUCGCACUGCUUGGCCAAGCAUUGAGCGCACUCGUGAUACGACACCUAAAUCUCGCCCUGAUUUGAAGCUUGUUGGAGGAACAAAAUCGGUCGAUAUGGGAAGCACAAUAGUAGCAACUGUUGCAAAACCAGCCGAAAAAUUCUGGCUUUAUUUCUCCAGAAUUGCUCGUCAUGUUUCAGAAGCAGAUAUUUCCGAGCUAGUAAAACAAUGCUUGGAAACUCAACAGCCAGUCGAUGUUCGGAAGCUUGUGCGUAAAGAUGCUGAUUUGAAUCAGUAUGCUUUCAUUUCAUUCAAAGUAGGAAUAGAAAAGGAGUUGAAAGAUAGAGCACUUGACCCAUCUGUUUGGCCGAAAGGAAUUUUCUUCAGAGAAUUUGAAAAUUUGAAAGCUGAGCGGGAUUUUUGGGGACCUGCGAAAAUUCCACGAAUCGACGUUGGGACCCCCCGGAUCGAUGCAGUUUCAACGCAACAUUAA